AGAGGGAGACACAGAACCCGAAGCAGGCUCCAGGCUCUGAGCCGUCAGCACAGAGCCGACUCGGGGCUUGAACACAUGGCCUGUGAGAUCAUGACGUGAGCCGAAGUUGGACGCUUAACCAACUGAGCCACCCGGGCGCCCCUCAAGCUCUUUCUUAUGUGGUGUUUGACUUUGCCUCUUGGAACGACCUCCUGUGGUUGGCGGUGAAUCACAUUUAGGUUCUUAUCUACACACCAGUACCUCGCUCUCUUUCCUACCCAAAGUGUCUUUUCUCCUAGGUGGAUGGAUGAUACCUCUGGCUCCUUCAACUCAUCCUUACCAGGGACAAUGGAGGCUUUGAUGGCCGGAACUGAGACGGUGACAGCGGAUGCGUCUGUCAGGACCACACUGUUUGACUAUGAGUUCUCGCUGCCAUGUGAAAAAAUCAACGUCAAGGAGCUGGGGUCCCGCCUCUUGCCCCCACUGUAUUCCCUGGUGUUCGUGGUUGGUCUGCUGGGCAAUGCGAUGGUGGUGGUGAUCCUCACAAAAUACAGGAGGCUCCGGAUCAUGACCAACAUCUUCCUGCUCAAUUUGGCCAUUUCUGACUUGCUCUUCCUGUUCACUCUGCUGUUUUGGAUUCACUACAGCAGGUGGAACGAGUGGGUGUUCGGCCACUUCAUGUGUAAGCUCCUCUCCGGGCUUUAUUACAUGGGCUUGUACAGCGAGAUUUUCUUCAUCAUCCUGCUGACCAUAGACCGGUACCUGGCCAUCGUCCACGCCGUGUUCGCCCUGCGGACCCGGACCGUCACUUUUGGUAUCAUCAUGAGCGUCCUCACCUGGGGCCUGGCAGGGAUAGCAGCCCUCCCUGAAUUUAUCUUCCAUCAGUCCCAAAAUGAUGCUGAACAGUACAUCUGUUUGCCUCUUUAUCCAGGAGGCCAAGAGGAUAACUGGAAGCGUUUCCAUGCUCUGAGCAUGAACAUCCUCAGUCUGGCCCUGCCUCUGCUCAUCAUGGCCGUCUGCUACGCGGGAAUUAUUAGGACACUGCUGAGAUGCCCCAAUAAAACCAAGUACAAGGCCAUCCGGCUCAUUUUUGUCAUCAUGGUGGUCUUUUUCAUGUUCUGGACCCCCUACAACCUGGUCCUCCUUCUCUCUGCUUUCCAAACGAUCUUCUUUGAGGUCAGUUGUGAGCAGAGCAAAUGGCUCGAUGUGGCCAUGCAGGUGACAGAGGUGAUCGCCUACACGCACUGCUGCGUUAACCCCGUCAUCUACGCCUUCGUCGGGGAGAGGUUCCGGGAGCACCUCAGCCACUUCUUCCGCAGGCACGUCGCCACCAACCUGGGCAAAUACAUCCCGUUCCUUCCCAGCGAGAAAUCAGACCGAGCCAGCUCUGGCUCCCCAUCAACGGGGGAACAGGAGCUCUCGUUUGUCUUUUAGGCCAGAUGCGAAAAAUUACCUAAAGCGGAGGCGCCGGGCAGAUGAAGGAAACACAUUAAGUCCAUCGCGUUGACUUUAACGCCAGCCCUUUGAACUUCUAGCUCGAUGCCGAAACUUGUAAAGACAUUAAAGUGUAUACACAAUGGGGUCAGCAGACCCGUGUGCCCGGGGCGUUAACGGGGGUCACUAGUUAGUCAGUUCACUUGCCGUCCACAUAGAAGUUUGCUCGGUUCUCGGAAGAGUUACAUCCAGUGUAAUGUACCCAAGUGUUAGCUAGUCACUAUAUGCAGCUAUGAGCAGGUAAAUCAUUUUACAGUUUAAACCUUAACUUUAGCUAGCUGUUGCAUAAAUGAAACGUAUUUCACAAAAUACAAUAAAUC